AUGGACCAAAACAAUAGAACAAGAGGUGCGGAGAAUGUAGCUAGUUUUGACAAUGGUGAACCAGGGUUUGAUAGAGCGCGUAUGAGAAGACAAUCUGGCGGUUUUGUUGACCUAGGAAAUGAAUCACAAUAUGGUACCGGCGGUCAUCAAGCUUCGGGAGCUAACGAAAUCUUUGCCGACGUGCAGGGUGAUGUUCCUUGGUGGAAGUCGAAUUUCUUUAUUUCUCAACCAGUUUUAUUCGGAACAUGGGAUGGAGUGUUUACAUCGUGCCUUAUAAAUAUCUUUGGUGUUAUUGUAUUUCUAAGAUCAGGCUGGAUGGUGGGACAAGCUGGAUUAAUCAACGCUGUACUAAUAGUCAUUUUUACAGUUUUUGUGGCCUUAAUCUCUGUAUUAUCAGCUGUGGGAAUUUGUGAGAGAUGUAGGAUAGAAAGUGGUGGAGUUUACUUUUUGCUUGCACACACACUCGGAUCUAGAAUGGGUGGGACAUUGGGAAUGAUAUACUGUUUUGGACAGGCAGUAGGAUGCGCUUUAAAUGUGUUUGGUUUUGGAGAAUCUAUGGCUAGUCUGGUUGGUACUGAGAAUACAUGGGCAGCUCGAGGAUUUGCAGUUGCCGCUGUGCUUUUAUUGGGCACAAUUAAUAUAGCUGGUGUGAAGUGGGUUAUAAAACUACAAUUUGUACUUCUACUUGUUAUUCUAGUGGCUGCGUUAGAUUUUUUCAUUGGAUCAUUUACAACAGUACCAAAUGUCGAAUUCCGAGGUUGGCUUGGUGGAACAAUAGGAAACAACACAUGGGCAGAUUAUCAAGAUGGUUACACUUGGUUCAAAUGUUUUGGUGUGUUUUUCCCUACCAUCACAGGCAUCCUAGCUGGUAUUAACAUGAGUGGGGACCUAAGGAAUCCUUCAAUUAACAUUCCUAGUGGAUCACUAGCGGCUAUUAGUACUGGGACAUUCCUAUACUUGAUGUUUGUUAUAACAUUAGCAGCGACUGUAACUAGAGAGGCAUUACUUACAAAUUUCUCCAUCACCACUGAUAUGUCAGCAGUAAAAAUUCUGUUGCUUGCCGGAUUGUAUGUCAGUUCAAUGAGUUCUUGUUUAGGAGCAAUGUAUGGGACACCGAGAGUACUUCAAAGUAUCAGUAAUGAGAAAGUCAUUCCCGGAUUGGAGGUCUUAGGCCAUGGGAGGGGACCCAAUAAAGUGCCAAUUUACUCCAUGAUUGUUGUAGCCGUAGUGACAGUAACUUUCAUCAUCAUUGGGGACAUCAAUAAGCUUGCACCGAUCGUCACCAUGCCCUUUUUGAUCACAUACGCUAGUAUUGAUUAUUCUUACUUUGCUCUCGCUCAAACGUUUGAUUUACAACAUCGUCGUGAAAUGAGGUUCCAGGGCCAUUCUCAACGAGACACCCAGGUAUACGGCGCAACUGGAAGUGAUUUAGAUUUACUAUUUCCUGAGAGGAUAAGACACAAAACUGUUGGUGAUUUCACACCAUCACCUACGGACUCCGCAAUAAUGAACGGUCGCAGGACAGCCAAUGGCGACAUGCGACCACCUAUAAAUGUCCACUCUAAAAAUAAGAACUGGUACUCACACUUGUGCAAUAGAUGGCUCUCACUGGCUGGCGUAGCAAUAAAAUUAGUCCUGAUGGUCCUAGUUCAUUGGAUGUACGCCUUGGGUUGUUUGUUAAUCUUAUGGCUGUUGUGGCUCUACAUUGGGGCUGCCAACCCUGCUGUGAAGCCGGGCCGCGCCUCUGAGUUUCGUUUCUUCCAUUGGCUGAAAAUAUCCUUUCUACAAGCUAUUGGCAAACGUCCUCUAGAGUACGAGCAGUUAGUGGUAACGCCGGUGCAUGCAGACGUUUCAAUGGAACAGGAGAGGCUGAAUGACGACAACGAAGAUUUCGCAUCACGAAGACGCUACCAUCAAUCGACUGCUUUGCAGACACACCUUGUGAGCGUCGAUAGCUAG